AUGACAUCCUGGUUGGAUACUGCUUCUCUCCUCGACCUCAAUGUCUAUGGAAGCGGGCGUCAAGGCUUCGAUGAGAAGUCGCAUCGACUACACGAGUCUUAUCAUGAACCAGUAAUAGAUCGCGAACACAUUCGUCAUUUUGGAUACACACAUUCGCGAACACAGCGGCGUGCUUGGGCUACACCCGAAAAAUUUAAGGUACAGCAUGAUGAAAAGCGAGUGCAGGGCAUACCGCUUGAUUCUCUAGCAUUACGCAAUAAUUCAAUAGAAACUGCUGCUAGUUAUGAUGAGAUGGCAUAUUCUGCCGCUCGCUUUUCAGGGAAUGCCAGAUGCAGAUCUUUCAAGAAGCAAAACAAGGAGCCUGCAUUUCACCAAAACGCAAUAAGAUAUGCUGCGCUAGAGAGAACAUGUUCAAACCGUGUCCCAGCACGCAUGUGGGGUGCGGCGCUUCGACGAGAAGUGAUCGGUGCAUGGCUGACAGGUGAGGUGCAUGUUGGAUAUGCCGCCGCGGACUUCGGAGUUGACGUUCGGGGCGGAGUUAGUGUCAUUGAUGUAAUAGCAAAUAAAGAUGGGGGGCUCGAGGCCAUUCACGUCGCUGUUGAUCGUCUGCGUGCACGAAGAAUUGUCACCGUAAAAGACUUUUGGCUGAAAAGUACAGAGAGCCUGAUGGUAUCGGCAAUGGCAGCAUGGCCUGAGGGUAUUAUUAUCCACGGUACCUAUGAUGACUUUUUCCUCUCCGCUCACCUUGUGGAAUCCAAGCUCCCAGCUCUUGUUGUGACAAAAACAGCUCAGGGGUUAUCACACAGGGACCUCCCUGUCAGCGUGUGGGCCAACGUGUUCUCCUUUAUCGACAAAUUGCAGCCCGGUGCAUCGGCAUGUGUGGCUGCUGCGAGAGCUAGCGAAUCAAUCUGUGCACAAAGCAUGCAAAGCUUUGCUGUGAGCCAUUUUGUCAGCGAUAUCAGCUGCAUUAAGAGAAACACGCGGGCCGUGUCGCUUUAUACCCCAUCAAAGGAGAUAUUGGGAGAGGGUGCAUUCAAAAAAGUUUAUAAAGUAGGCGAUGAAGCUGUGGCCGUGAUGAACAUCACGGUAUUAUAUAACGAUGUUUGCGCAGCCAAUGAAGUUACCCGGGAGCUCGCAAUUUUAUGUCAUUUGACCAAACUUGUUGCAAGGAGAAUAUGCCCCAAUUUUGUCACAAUAAUUGGUUCAUUUGUGCAAUGCUAUCCGUCGGGAAGUUUGCACAGCCUUGAGAAGACUGGAAGGUCACCGGACACUCGGCUUUGUGUGCGCAUGGGACUCUGCAGCUGUGGUGACAUCGAGAGCUGGUUAAGGAGACAACCUGGCAUGGUGCUACCUACCUGCACUACACUUCGGUUCUUUUUCCAAAUGUGCUUCGCCUUAUAUGCCUCACGUGCAACAUUGGGGCUCCGACAUUAUGACCUCAAACUACUCAAUUUUCUUGUUGCACCGGUGGAAACCAAUAUAUAUGCACGCUAUCACCUUGCCGAUGCAAAAUUCGAUGUUCAAUUGUACCAAGAGGCAGUUGAUGCUUGGAUAAAGCUUACUGAUUUUGGGACCUCGCAUAUGGAAAAAGGAAGCCUUGGCAAGCCCGCCAAAGGUGCUAUAUUUACUACCAUCGAGAAUGUUCCCAUUGAUCUCCUUCUUAGUGGCGACAUUCAGUGCACGCAUACAUAUGCUCAUGAUACGUUCUCUCUUGGCCUCGCGACCCUCCAUCUUUUUGGCGGUGGUGUUCCAUACGAGGAACUGAUGCAUUACUGCACUUGCCCCGACGAUCUCCGCGUAGACCUUGCCGCGGUUUGGUUAGAGAGCAGGGAAGUGUCAUCAUUUAAUAUCCUUGCAAAUCUUGCUAGCGACCAUGAUACAGAUCCCAAACUGACAAGGUAUACUUUAUUUGACACUUUUUACCGUUUUCUUGUUCUUCUUGGCGUCCCUACUAGCAACCAUGAUUCGAUAAGCAAGCUUGGUCCUGCUGCAAAUCGUGUUCUUGAUAUUGUCCGCACACAUCUCAUUGGUAGCAACAAUAAGCCAGAGCACCCUGAGAUAUCAAGUGGCGAGCUCAAGGAUGUACUUUUUCGUAGCCAUAUAAAGUCAAAGCAGCUUUUUGCCAAGCACACGGCAACAUUUAACCUCAAACAGGGAGUACAUCCUGCCAUGGCUCGUUGUCGUAAGCAACUCGGCUCAAAUAUAGAUAUUUUGACGGCAAUGCUCGACUUCGAUCCCCGCCGGCGGCCGACGAUGCGUUCGCUGCUCAUGUCCCCAAUAUUUGACUCCCUAAGAGGCGGCGCCAGCAAAUCUGCCGCUGGCGAUUCCUUGCACUUGUUUGACGCAUUCAAGCGAGACAUAUUUGAAAGGCCCUUGCCGGAUGUCUAA